UAAGAAAUACAAAUCUAUAAACUGUAUUCACAUUUUCCUAAUAACAUAAUAUAUUUAUUUCUUUAAAAAAGUAAUGCCAACGAUAGAUAUUUAACGAAUGUGUCUUCGAGGGAUUUGGGGGAAAAAAAGCGCGACCGUAUCUUUGGCUUUAGUUCCACCCCCAGUUUUAUUUUACUUGGCGCCGACAGGCUGUGUCGUUCUAAUAAAGCCAAAGAGGCAUUGUGUGUGCAAUGGCCGGUGCCGGCAUGGCCCAGAAGACUUGGGAGCUCACUAAUAACAUGCAGGAAGUUCAGAGUAUUGAUGAAAUUUACAAAUAUGACAAGAAACAACAGCAAGAAAUCUUGGCAGCGAAACCUUGGACAAAGGACCACCACUACUUCAAAUACUGCAAGAUCUCUGCGCUAGCCCUUCUGAAGAUGGUGAUGCACGCUAGAUCAGGUGGCAACCUUGAAGUGAUGGGACUCAUGCUGGGCAAGGUGGAUGGGGAAACUAUGAUAAUUAUGGACAGCUUUGCCCUACCAGUGGAAGGAACAGAGACUCGAGUCAAUGCCCAGGCAGCAGCUUACGAGUAUAUGGCAGCAUAUAUAGAAAAUGCGAAACAGGUAGGGCGCCUUGAAAAUGCCAUUGGGUGGUAUCAUAGUCACCCUGGCUAUGGCUGCUGGCUCUCAGGGAUUGAUGUUAGCACGCAGAUGCUUAAUCAGCAGUUUCAGGAGCCCUUUGUUGCAGUUGUUAUUGAUCCAACAAGGACCAUAUCAGCUGGAAAAGUGAACCUUGGGGCAUUUAGAACAUAUCCAAAGGGCUAUAAACCUCCAGAUGAAGGUCCUUCAGAAUAUCAGACUAUUCCCCUCAAUAAGAUAGAAGAUUUUGGGGUGCACUGCAAACAGUAUUAUGCCUUGGAAGUGUCAUAUUUCAAGUCUUCACUUGAUCGUAAGCUCCUAGAACUUUUGUGGAAUAAAUAUUGGGUGAAUACUCUUAGCUCCUCAAGUUUGCUAACUAACUCUGAUUACACUACAGGGCAAGUAUUUGACUUGUCAGAGAAGCUGGAGCAAUCUGAAGCACAACUUGGACGGGGCAGCUUUAUGUUAGGCCUAGACACUCAUGAUAGGAAGUCUGAAGACAAGCUAGCGAAGGCAACAAGAGACAGCUGCAAGACCACCAUAGAAGCUAUCCAUGGAUUGAUGUCUCAGGUUAUCAAGGAUAAACUCUUCAAUCAAAUUAAUACGUCAUCUACCUAAUAUUGUGAAAUGAACAGCUGGACGGGCUGGAAAACAUCAGCUUUUUCUGCUAAAGAUAGUGUUUUAGGCUUAAUUUAAUACAACAUCCCAAGGUUUCUACAGCAAGGAAGAUCCUUAAGGCUGGAAUUAAUAUUAUUGUACUGUUUAAUUCUUGCUACUACACCACAUUUUAAGUUUGUGCUUAGACAUAUACUUCAGCUAACUGCUGUAAAAUAGUUUUUUUAUAAAUAAAUCCUGUUGAUAAUGAGACAUUUUGGGCCAUCUCAGAUAGUUCAGAAAUUAAAGGUCUUGAAUAAAAAUCUAAAAAUCA